GCCAAAAAAUAUUUUGAUUGUUGCUGCUACCUGUUACAUAACCGAACACCUAGUUCUUUUCAGCAGAUUGUGAAACAAACUGCUUGUUACAUACAACUCUGACCAAUCAUUUUACCCUCUCAAUUAUAUUUUUGACAUUGGACUAACAUCUACUUUUGAUCUUCCUUGUGAAUAGUGAGAAUGAGAUCCAAUCCAAUCAUGAUGGUGUUUUCUGCGGCAGCAUUCGGGUUUUUCAUCGGCAUUUCUUUCCCUGUACAAAUCACACCGAAGGUACUCCUAUGGAGCUUUAGUGAUGCAAACUCCACCUUCGGUUGCAGCGACAUACUUGUCAGAGUUUGGGCACCAUUUGGACACAACAUUUCAACUGUGGAGGGGGCUCCCAUCCUGCAGUCAAAUGCCACUACAGAGAUUCAUGCACCGGUAAAGCCGAAAGGCGCAGAGAGGCUACCACCGAAAAUCGUAGUUCGAGAGUCUGAUCUUCACCUGCGCCGGCUGUGGGGAAACCCGCGUGAGGACAUGCCCACUCGCAAGUACCUUUUGGUGCUGACAAUAGGGUACAAUGAGAAAGCCAAUGUCAACGCGACUGUUCACAAGUUCUCGAACAAUUUCGACGUAGUGCUGUUCCACUACGACGGGCAGACGACGGAGUGGGACGAGUUCGAGUGGUCCAAGCAGGCCGUUCAUGUCAGCGCCAGGGGGCAGACCAAAUGGUGGUAUGCGAAGAGGUUCAUGCACCCCAGCAUUGUGGCGCCGUAUGAGUACAUCUUCCUCUGGGACGAGGACCUCGGCGUUGAGACCUUCGACGCCGAGGAGUACCUGAAGAUUGUGAAGAAGCACGGGCUGGAGAUAUCGCAGCCGGGCCUGGACACCACCAGGGGGCCGAAGCCGUUCUUCGGCAUCACCGUCAGAAGGAAUGGCAGCGAGAUGCAUAAGUCGACGACGUUAGGUAGCACUGCAGGGAAGUGCACCAGCCGGCUGUGCAGCGGGUUCGUGGAGGUGAUGGCGCCCGUCUUCAGCAGGGAGGCAUGGACGUGCGUCUGGCACAUGAUCCAGAACGACCUGGUACAUGGCCAUGGUCUCGACCUGAAUUUCUGGAGAUGCGUCGACGAGCCUGAGGAGCAGAUCGGCGUGGUGGACGCGCAGUACGUGGCGCAUCACGCGGUGGUGACGCUGGGGAGCAAGGGAGGAAGCCGCAGCAACGUGACAGCCCGGCAGAAGGUCGAGUUCCGUAUCUUCGGCGACAGAAUGCGCAAUGCGCAAAGGGCCCAGGAAGCAAGUCUUCUUGCACCACCGGCUGCCGCCUCCAGAUCGUAAUCAUCAUAGUCAUCAUCCGUCAACUAAAUUUUUCUCUCUUUUGUCUUCUGCUUAAAUUCACUAGGGGCUCCCUUUAUUCAUUUGAACCCAGGGUAAUCUCAACUAGUGGACAAUUUUCUUAAAAAAUCCGGUUCUUGUUUAGGCCAAAUGCACCAUUGCCUGCUAUCCGGUCCCUGUUUAGAUGUUACCACAAGUGAAUUGCAUUUCUUCUAUGGUCUUGAUCUUGUCGGGGUUAACCUC